CGGGUGUGAGAGUGGUGGAGCUUGAAGCAGAGUUAAUACAUAUGCUUAUAUUCUGCAUAUCGCUUGUGGGUGGUGGUGCUUGGCAGCUUCAUUCCGUCCCGUUCCUUCGCUCUCUCUCCGUCUCUUGCUUGAAGUCUUCCUGCUCACUCUAUCCUUUUCUGUUCAUACCCGCGCUCGUUUGAAUCUAUGUCUGUUUAAUCGAAUCUUGGCUUGACCAACCCACAUCCAGCUGGUCUGCGAUUCCUUUCUUAUAUCCUUCUCCACAGCGCGCUGGCGCGAUCUUUCUCCCCACUUCUCCUCAACGGUGCCAACGCCUGAGAUGAGACCUCUUUGGUUCGGUCAAGUAUGCCCUGUGCUUGUCGUCAUCGUAUCUCUUUGGCCAACAGUGGUAGCUCACCAUUGGAGACAUCGACAUGAAGUGUCAACAUUGACUACGGUCGAGACAAUCAAGGCCGCGCCUCUUUUCACUCUCCAAAAUGUCAACGCUACAGUGACGGAGCAACAAGCCACCACGGAAACAGUAAAUCAGGUCGAGACGAUGACGAUGACUUUAACGGACGAGCCACUGGUCCUCACUGUCCAAAAUGUCAACUCCACAGUGACGCAACAACUGGCAAUGACCAUGACAAAGAACCAAACGGUGAUCAUGACGAAAACCGACGUCGCCACAGAAACCGAAACUGUCAUGAUGACCAUGACGCAGCCUGAGAUCCAAACGGUUACCAUGACCCAAAUGGACGUCAGCACCGUCAUGCAGCCCACGACCAAGACCGUCACCGUCGAAGCCGUCGUCACCGAGACCAUGACCGACAACAGCGUUUCCGCGGAUACGAGCGCUCCCUCGUUCUCCUUCGACCCUUCCUCCUCGGCUGACACCUCCGCCGACACGACGCUCCUUACAGUCACCACAUCAAGCGCUGCAGACUCGGCGGUGGCGGCGGCGGCGCCAGCAGCAGCGGCCACCACUACCUCUGCCCAAGCACUGGCAGAUACGGAUCCCGGGGCGCCGUUCGAUAUCAAUAGUUUCUCGCUGCAGAGCGCGGUAACGGUGGGGCUGGGGAAGAGGAAGGCGAGGGGCAGGGCGAGAGCGGAGGCGGCAGCGACGGGGAAAGGGACGGAGAUGGGGUGAAGAGGUUAUUAUACUUCUGGUUGAUUCGUUUGAACGGUUGAUUCGUUCGAUGGACGCGUUGGCAGUAGCGCAGGCAUCGCUACCUACCUGGAUUAUGGAUAUCAUGUUUCUGGAGCAAGCAAUGGGUAGGAGUCUGGGGAGCGGGAGGGAUAUUAGACAUCGGCGACCGAUAAAUGAAUGGCCAAGAAGAAAAUUGUCUGGGUGGAACGGGGUGUGCUGGACGUGACGACGUGGGCGAGCGUUCUUGGUCUUUUCCUCUUUCAGCAUCGACUACAUAGGUAAAAUAGACAACAC